GGCGCGCGCGUGGAGGCCGAGGCCCCGGGGGCCACCUCGCCGCUCAUCAGCGCGCUCCUGGGUGGGCACGUGGGCGCCGUGGAGGCGCUGUUGCGCCUGGGCGCCGUCGCCACCAGCGAGGCGCUGCUCUUCGCCGUGGGGCUGCCCGGACACGAGACGCAGCGUCACCGCGCGGCCAUCGUGGCGCUGUUGCUGCGGCACGGCGCCCGCCCCGACGCCGCGACGCGGCGCGUGGCCGCGCUUUUGGGCGACGAGCGGCUUCUGCAUAUGUUCAUGGAAAAUGGCACUGACGCUGAGGAACUGGGGGAAAGGGAGAUGCAGAGUAUGGGACUUCACAAAGUGUCUUCAAACAUCGCAACAUUCACUGAAGAAUUCAUGAAUAAAGUUGAUAUCGUGCAUCGAAACGAUGUAUCUAACUCAAACCCGUCUGAAAUUGCAACUGCGUCAUCUUCUGUGCCUGAAGGAAGAGAAAUGAAGGGUGCAGAUGCGGAAGCAGGGAAGGAGCAACCGGGCGGCAGCGGGACAGCGCUCCACGCGGCGGUGGCGGCGGGCGACUGGGCGCUGGUGGCGCGCCUAGUGGAGGAGGGCGCAGACGUGGACGCGCGCGACGACACGGGCGCCACGCCGCUCUGGAUGGCUGCUUUCAACGGACAGACCGAG